GAAGGCAAAACAGAAGAGAUUCACUCGUCACAUUACAAACCUCGUUCGAAAGGGAAAGGUGGAGGAGGCGGAGGAGGUCUUCCAGGACAUGUUGUUGGCAAAGGUCCGACCGUCAACUGUCGUCUUCAACAAUCUCAUCUCUGGACUGAGCCGGUCUGGACACGCCCACAGAGCCUUCAAAUACUUCAACGACCUAAAGAAGAGAGAUCUCCCUCCAUCAAACCACACUUACGCGAGUCUCUUCAGAGCUUUCACAGAGAUGGGUCCGUCCUCGCGACCCCUCCUCGAAAAGGUUGUAUCCGAGGUAGAUCGCAGGGACUUCCUCCUCAACACCAUAGCGACCAACUCUCUAAUGGUUGCCAUGACGACCUGCGGAAUGACGGACGAGGUGUUUGGAGCGUACGGCGACAUGUCGAGACGAAGGGAGGCCCCCGACGUUAACACGUUUACGGUCCUCCUCACCGCUUGCUCGCAGGAUCAGACGCGAGGGAUGGAAAGGGUGGAACACGUUUGGAGAGAGAUGACAGCAUUGGGAGUAACACCCGACCUGGUG